AUGUGGUACUUAUCGUACCUGCUUGUUUCUUUGGUUGUUUAUGUUAUCGGAGCUUUUGAGUUCUUUGAUGAGGAACUGUUGAUCAAGGAUACUGGCACUGGCCACACCGUAUUUCACUUCAAUUUUGUUUCAAAAACUCCACAGUUCGAACAAACCAAACAACAUUAUGAUAUCAUUCCGAAAACCAUGUUUCAAUUGUUCUCAAAGUAUUCCAUUGAUGAAUUACAUCUAUCAAUGGUUCGGGGCUACUGGGACGAUGAACGAUGGGGUAGAAAUUUCAUUAUGGCGGCUCCGACGGGUGCAGAACUAUGGGCCUGGUUCACAAAAGAUACCUCAAAGUGGUCAUAUAGACCUCUGGGCGUGACAAAGUUGAAUGGGUCAAGGGAAGAUGCUCGUCGUGUGCGCUACGCGCAGAUGCCCGGCGAAGGCUUAUGCAAUGAAAAUCUCACACCUUGGGUCAAGCUUCUACCGUGCAAGGGUCUCAAAGGAUUAACCAGCUUAUUGUUACCUACUGCUUUGUUCCGCUCAAACUUUAAUGCUAUCAAGACAGAUUUACGUAGAAUCUGCUGGGACUAUUCCUGCUCCAAUUUGGGUUUCGAACUGAGGCAGUCGUUGACUGUUGUCUUUGAUCGACGAUUGUUGUACCCAACCCCUCUAACACCGUGGUCUCUAGACGGUCUUUUGGGCACCCAGAUCCAAGACGCGUGUAAAGCAGCAAGCUCAAGCAAUGUGUUUAUUCUGAACUCCCCCGUUCAGAUUCAAUCAUCCAUUCCAUUCAACACAACCGCAAAUCCCGCUGAUUCUCGUCUUCUAAGCACCCUGCCUUCCGCGCAGCUAGCCACCAAGAGUGCAGUGUUCUCUUCUAGCGCUCUAUCCAAGGUAUCUGCUCAGACAUUGCCACUAGUCUCUGUUACCAGAUACGUGACCGGCUCGGGCACGGCCGAUGGUGGAUUAAAAUCACUGCUGAUCAGCCGUGCGGACUUUUCUAUCCGAGUCGCCUAUUUGGAUUUGAUACCUUGGUAUACACAAGUCCUGUUCAGUACGUUAGAACUAAAGGUGCUCAAUCCGCAAACCAAACAAUGGGAAUCAGCGAUCCCUGUGGGAAAACACCGCAACGAGAAGGCAGCGAAUAAGGCUUCUUCAACAGAUGCUUGGUGGUACACGGGCCUUUCGUUAGAUGCAACGGAAGGGUGA